AUGAGCGAGGGCUGGAGGCAACCUAUAGGCUUGUGCGCCGUCAGAAUCGCGUGCGCCUUCCGAACCAUUUCGGAAGACGCGGCGCUGGUUAUCGCCGGACAAGUCCCCUUGACGGAGCUCGUUCGGGAGAGGGCGGAGAUCUACGCAGCCGCGCAGGACAGGGAAGCAGCCCUGCAGACUAGAGCAGAGUCGAAGGUUACCGCCAGAAGGAAGAGCUUCGAGAACUGGCAGAAUCACUGGGACUCCUCGCAAAAGGGACGCUGGACACACACGCUCAUCCCGAACCUAUCGAGCUGGGUAGAGAGGUCGCAUGGGCAGGUAGAUUUCUACCUCACCCAGGUGAUUAGCGGGCAUGGCUACUUCCGCAGCUACUUAAAGCGAUUCGGCCACCAGACGGAGGACUGGUGCCAGGAGUGCAGCUCCGGCGUCGUGACGACGACAUGA